GCCAAGCAACCACCACAAGCAGGAACAAGUGGGGUCGAAAAGUACAGGAAAGAAUACUUCCAAUUGGUUUUGUGUACUUUAACAAUCUUGCUAGAAACAAACGAAUCAUGUCUUAUAAGGGCUACUUUAGUCGCGACAAUAGAAUUUAUAAGCAAGACCGAGAAUUCUACGACUUAAAAAACAGAGCUGUUGAAUAUUACAGGGCUAAUGGAGUUCCCCAGAAGAUGGAAGCUGUAUUGAAUGAAAUGUUUUUCGAGAAGCCAGAUGACGUGUAUGGUUAUUUGGCAAACUACUUCUCAAGAUUGUCAAGACCCCCUGUAAUAAGCAGGUUGUUGGGUAAAGAAGUAUACGAUGGAAAAGGUCAACUGACAGUUCAGGCAGAAGUAUUCUGCACAAUAAAAAAUGAGGAAAAGAGUGCCGGAUCCGCAGCGAUAUCCAGCCACGGCGAAGCCCGAGGGGAUGCGUCACAUGACCCAGGCUCUGCGAAUGAGAGUGACAGGAGGAAGGAGGCUGUGAAGACUGCGGUCCUUUGGAUCAAUGAAUCACUCUGCCCAAUCCUAAAGGGCUUUGAGCCCUGUGACCAAGGGGGAGUGGACAAAGUGCUGAGUGAUUUCUACAUGGCGCGCUUCCUUGAGGACCAGGAGCGACGGAGCAGGGAGAAGGAAGACCAGCAGUCCGAUGAGCCUGCGCCCGAGCCAGCCUCUCCCACCGUUACCGCUACAAAAGAUAAAAAGGGAGGGGAAAAAGGGAAGAAGGCCAACAGCACAGAUAAACCUGUUCCACCGCCAGAGCCCCCGGUGCCUGUGUUAGCAGGAAGCACGGCCAUCGGGACAGUGUCCCUGGCUGUGGCCAAGGCUGGGGCGGAGCUGGGGGGCGUCCCCCUGUACCAGCAUAUCACAGCUCUCAAGCACCAACAGUUCUCAGGUGAGAUUCACAUGCCGCUGCCCAUGGUGACACUUCUGAGCUGUGGCAAACUGUCGCCUGGAAAGCUUAAUCUCAUGGAAGAGGUCAUUGUCAUCCCUAAAGCUGGACAAACGGUCAAACAAUUCCUUGCGAUGGUCCUUGAGCUUCAAAGGGAAAUAACACGGAUGGUGAAUGCGGCAUCAAAAACAGGGCCUGUGUUGAACGCAGUGUCCGACUCUGGUGCUCUAGCGGUUGGAUACGACCGUCCUGAACAGCCUUUGGACCUGAUCACGGAGGCCGCCAGCAACCUGGGUUUUGCACUUGGGGACGUGAUGUAUUUGGCGAUAAACUGCGCCGCGCAUGAGCUAAUGGACUACCAAAAAGGGAAAUACGACGCAGUGACCGGAGCCCCCAGGUCUCCCGGUGAGCUGGUGGAACUGUACGAGCUCCUGACGGCCAAAUACCCGGCGCUCAUCGCUCUCAUUGACCCGUUGCGGAAAGAGGACCAGGAGCAGUGGGAGAGGCUCAGCAGCGUCCAGGGGCAGACGUGUCUGCUGUCUGAAGCGGUGUCCAAACCUGGGGGUGCCCACACCCCACCCGGGAUCAGGGGGUUCGUUUUAAAGCAGACCAACGAGGUCACGGUCACAGACCUGAUCGAGGUCGCCCGGCAACUGGAUGGUGCGGUGACCGUAGUGGGAACAACCAACGGAGAAGCGUGCGAUGACUCUCUCUCUGACCUGGCUGUAGGACUGGGUGUUAAACUUGUCAAACUGGGAGGUCUGUAUCAUGGAGAGAGGCUGCCUAAAUACAACCGUCUGAUUUCUAUAGAGGAAGACUUGGCCCAGCGGGGGAUACUGGGUUCAGGAAAAUGUGCGUUUCCGCUUGCUGUUGGAGAAGCAGAAGAGCCGUCAUCUACCUAGCGUUUGUGAAAGAAUGACAGUCACCACAAAUCACCUUAUUUUAUUGCCAGACAACUUUUAGAAUUUAUUACAAUUUAUCUAUUAAUUGCAAGUAAUUUAAUGCAAGUGUUUUUUGGUGUUAAAUGAAUGUGUUCUUAUCAUACAGUGGCUUCUUUAGUUUUAAAUGCAAACAUACUAUCUAUAAGGUUAAUGCUAUAAAAACCAGUAAAAUAUUAAAACAAAUUGCACAAAAUAUACAUUUCAAAAAAGAAUACAAUACUAAUGCCUCCCAACUGAGUUCAGAUCAAACAGACCUGAACUAAACAUAAAAAUAUAUAACAUAAUACUGAAAAUAUUUGUGUAAUUCCAUUUUAAGUAAAAUUGUACAUUGGGGAACAUAUGUUUUAUAUGUUUUGACUGUGGGUAAACCCAUUUAAACCACACACACAUACAUGAAUGCAUGCAUACAUGCAUGCAUGUGCACACACAGAUGUACAUACACAGUAGUAUAGAUUAAAGGAGUGCUUUUUGAUGCUGUAAACAAUGUAAAUCAGAAUAGGGAAAUGUUCAUUUACCCUAAUUAAAUUUAUAUUUGGCAUUUCAAUUUUCCAUGUAACCACCUGUGUGAUAUCUCUGCAUUAAAACUUUAAAGGGACACAUUUCAAGUAAAUCUAUUCAAUUUAGAUUUGAGGAAAAUCUCACCAAAAAUUCUGCAUAGAAACUGAUUAAACGUCAACAUAAGCUGUC